UCGAGCCGACCUGCAACUCCUCAACAAUCACAGAACUGCCAGGCUUUGGGAUUCUCAGCGUUCAAAGCAAGGUCAAGUGAAGAUGAGGAGCCUGUUUCUGCUCGCUAUCCUCGGGCUCUUAGGCCAGUCCUGUGGCAGAGUUAUUUUAAGCCGUUCUGAUGAGAGUUUGGCUGCUGAUAGACAAGAAUCUGCUGAUAUUAAAGCUGUUUCCGGGCGUUCUUUAGAGAGUCUCAGAGACGUGAUUUCGAGCCACUCUGAUGAGAGCCUGGGAAAUGAUAUGUUAGAGAAUCCGAUGCACUCAGAGGCUCGAGAUUCCAAAGAAAGCGGCGAAAGGAAAAUCAAAGUGAUCGGUUCGGGCCGAGAUGAUGACUCAGCAGAGAAUAAGAGUGAGCCUGACACUAAAGAUUCCAAAGGAAGCGGCGAAAAGAAGAUAAAAGUGAUCAGCUCGGGACGAGAUGAUGAUUCGGCAGAGAACGAGAGUGAGCCUGAUACUAAAGAUUCCAAAGAAAGUGGCGAAAGGAAAAUCAAAGUGAUCAGUUUGGGACGAGAUGAUGAUUCUGCACAAAGAACAAGUCAGUCAGAGGCUCAAGACUCAGCGGAGAAUGAGAGUGAGCCUGACACUAAAGAUUCUGCACAAAGAACAAGUCACUCAGAGGCUCAAGACUCUGCAGAAAAUGAGAGUGAGCCCGAUAAUGAAGAUUCUGCACAAAGAGCGAGUCACUCUAUAGAGACAGCAGGUUCCGAUGAGAUUGGAAAGUGGAACAGAAACAAGGACAACUCCAAUUCUGAUGAAAGUCAGGAAAGGAAAAUCAAAGUGAUUGGUUCGGGACGAGAUGAUGAUUCAGCAGAGAAUGAGAGCGAGCCUGACACUAAAGGUUCCAAAGAAAGUCGCGAAAAGAAAAUCAAAGUGGUCGGUUCAGGACGAGAUGAUGAUUCUGAACAAAGAGCGAGUCACUCAGAGGCUCAAGAUUCCAAAGAAAGCGGUGAAAGGAAAAUCAAAGUGAUCGGUUCAGGACGAGAUGAUGACUCAGCGGAGAAUGAGAGUGAGCCUGACACUAAAGAUUCUGCACAAAGAACAAGUCACUCAGAGGCUCAAGAUUCCAAAGAAAGCAGCGAAAGGAAAAUCAAAGUGAUCAGUUUGGGAAGAAAUGAUGACUCUGCAGAGAAUGAGAGUGAGCCCGAUAAUGAAGAUUCUGCACAAAGAGGGAGCCACUCUAUAGAGACAGCAGGUUCCGAUGAGAUUGGAAAGUGGAACAGAAACAAGGACAACUCCAAUUCUGAUGAAAGUCAGGAAAGGAAAAUCAAAGUGAUUGGUUCGGGACGAGAUGAUGAUUCAGCAGAGAAUGAGAGCGAGCCUGACACUAAAGGUUCCAAAGAAAGUCGCGAAAAGAAAAUCAAAGUGGUCGGUUCAGGACGAGAUGAUGAUUCCAAAGAAAGCGGUGAAAGGAAAAUCAAAGUGAUCGGUUCAGGACGAGAUGAUGACUCAGCGGAGAAUGAGAGUGAGCCUGACACUAAAGAUUCUGCACAAAGAACAAGUCACUCAGAGGCUCAAGAUUCCAAAGAAAGCAGCGAAAGGAAAAUCAAAGUGAUCAGUUUGGGAAGAAAUGAUGACUCUGCAGAGAAUGAGAGUGAGCCCGAUAAUGAAGAUUCUGCACAAAGAGCGAGUCACUCUAUAGAGACAGCAGGUUCCGAUGAGAUUGGAAAGUGGAACAGAAACAAGGACAACUCCAAUUCUGAUGAAAGUCAGGAAAGGAAAAUCAAAGUGAUUGGUUCGGGACGAGAUGAUGAUUCAGCAGAGAAUGAGAGCGAGCCUGACACUAAAGGUUCCAAAGAAAGUCGCGAAAAGAAAAUCAAAGUGGUCGGUUCAGGACGAGAUGAUGAUUCUGAACAAAGAGCGAGUCACUCAGAGGCUCAAGAUUCCAAAGAAAGCGGUGAAAGGAAAAUCAAAGUGAUCGGUUCAGGACGAGAUGAUGACUCAGCGGAGAAUGAGAGUGAGCCUGACACUAAAGAUUCUGCACAAAGAACAAGUCACUCAGAGGCUCAAGAUUCCAAAGAAAGCAGCGAAAGGAAAAUCAAAGUGAUCAGUUUGGGAAGAAAUGAUGACUCUGCAGAGAAUGAGAGUGAGCCCGAUAAUGAAGAUUCUGCACAAAGAGCGAGUCACUCUAUAGAGACAGCAGGUUCCGAUGAGAUUGGAAAGUGGAACAGAAACAAGGACAACUCCAAUUCUGAUGAAAGUCAGGAAAGGAAAAUCAAAGUGAUUGGUUCGGGACGAGAUGAUGAUUCAGCAGAGAAUGAGAGCGAGCCUGACACUAAAGGUUCCAAAGAAAGUCGCGAAAAGAAAAUCAAAGUGGUCGGUUCAGGACGAGAUGAUGAUUCUGAACAAAGAGCGAGUCACUCAGAGGCUCAAGAUUCCAAAGAAAGCGGUGAAAGGAAAAUCAAAGUGAUCGGUUCAGGACGAGAUGAUGACUCAGCGGAGAAUGAGAGUGAGCCUGACACUAAAGAUUCUGCACAAAGAACAAGUCACUCAGAGGCUCAAGAUUCCAAAGAAAGCAGCGAAAGGAAAAUCAAAGUGAUCAGUUUGGGAAGAAAUGAUGACUCUGCAGAGAAUGAGAGUGAGCCCGAUAAUGAAGAUUCUGCACAAAGAGCGAGUCACUCUAUAGAGACAGCAGGUUCCGAUGAGAUUGGAAAGUGGAACAGAAACAAGGACAACUCCAAUUCUGAUGAAAGUCAGGAAAGGAAAAUCAAAGUGAUUGGUUCGGGACGAGAUGAUGAUUCAGCAGAGAAUGAGAGCGAGCCUGACACUAAAGGUUCCAAAGAAAGUCGCGAAAAGAAAAUCAAAGUGGUCGGUUCAGGACGAGAUGAUGAUUCUGAACAAAGAGCGAGUCACUCAGAGGCUCAAGAUUCCAAAGAAAGCGGUGAAAGGAAAAUCAAAGUGAUCGGUUCAGGACGAGAUGAUGAUUCAACGGAGAAUGAGAGUGAGCCUGAUACUAAAGAUUCUGCACAAAGAAUGACUCACUCGGAGGAUCAAGGUUCCAAAGAAAGUCGCGAAAAGAAAAUCAAAGUGAUCGGCUCGGGACGAGAUGAUGACUCUGCAGAGAAUGAGAGUGAGCCCGAUAAUGAAGGUUCCGAUGAGAUUGGAGAGUGGAACAGAAACAAGGACAACUCCAAUUCUGAUGAAAGCGGCAAAAGGAAAAUCAAAGUGAUUGGUUCCGGACGAGAUGAUGAUUCAGCAGAGAAUGAGAGCGAGCCUGACACUAAAGAUUCUGCACAAAGAGCAAGUCACUCAGAGGCUCAAGAUUCCAAAGAAAGCAGCGAAAGGAAAAUCAAAGUGAUCGGUUCGGGACGAGAUGAUGAUUCAACAGAGAAUGAGAGUGGGCCUGACACUAAAGAUUCUGCACAAAGAGCGAGUCACUCGGAGGCUCAAGAUUCCAAAGAAAGUGGCGAAAGGAAAAUCAAAGUGAUCGGUUCGGGACGACAUGAUGAUUCCAAAGAAAGCAGCGAAAGGAAAAUCAAAGUGAUCGGUUCGGGACGAGAUGAUGAUUCUGCACAAAGAACGAGUCACUCGGAGGCUCAAGAUUCAGCAGAGAAUGAGAGUGGGCCUGACACUAAAGAUUCUGCACAAAGAGCGAGUCACUCGGAGGCUCAAGAUUCCAAAGAAAGUGGCGAAAGGAAAAUCAAAAUGAUCGGUUCGGGACGACAUGAUGAUUCAGCAGAGAAUGAGAGUGGGCCUGACACUAAAGAUUCUGCACAAAGAACAAGUCACUCAGAGGCUCGAGAUUCCAAAGAAACUGGCCAAAGGAAAAUCAAAGUGUUCAGUUCCGGACGAGAUGAUGGUUCAGCAGAGAAUGAGAGUGAGCCUGACAGUAAAGAUUCCAAAGAAAGCGGCAAAAGGAAAAUCAAAGUGAUUGGUUCGGGACAAGAUGAUGAUUCUGCACAAAGAGUGAGUCACUUGGAGGCUCAAGAUCCUUUCCUUGAAAAACAUAAAGCUGAUUCUGUUGUGAAGAGGUCCAGGAGAUCAAUUCAGGAAUACUACGAAAGGCACCAUGAGUAUUAUUAUAAGACACCAUACGAGAAGCGCAGGGAGAUAUGUGAAUCCUACUACCCCUGCAACUACCUGGCCAACAGAAUUGGAUUUCAGAGUGCCUACAUACAAUAUUUUGGAUACUAUUAAUAACAACCCAGUAGGACAGAAAACAUUACUAACGUCAUAGUACUUUACACUGCACAAAAUGUCACAGUGGAUCAAGCUGCAUAAUUUGCAACGUUGUUCAAGAAGAGUUUCUGUAGUGUGUUUCAAUCUAGUUCUGCUGGUCAUAAUUUAGCCCAUUGGAACAUUUGGUUCAAAAGGUCCUCAGUACACCUGAGAACACAGACAAGCUUCUCACCAGCUUAAAGAUUAAUCAAACCUUCUUGUCACACAUCUCAAUGAGAUUCCCCUCCUCCAAACAUAUCUCUCUUUAAACUGUCUUUUCUUGCCAAAGCAUUCCCCACUCAAUUCCUCAGAAUUCCUUUCUUCCCCAAACUUACUCAUCAUUAGCUCAUGUUCCUUGGAAUGUGCCAUCCUGUCUCUGUGAAUUAUCUCCUGAUCCUUGACAUGGCUGAUUUUAUUCCCCAAAUACAGUUGCUCCUUUCCAUCUUCAUUUUUCCUUCAAUGCUGCUCGUUUUACAAAUAGGUAAGGAGAACUGAAAUAUUAAAUCCAAGGCUCUAAGUCUACCUCACUUCGUUCUUUUUGCUCGAUUGUCUUAAAAAGAGGGGAAUAAAAAUCUCAAGAAAACCUUUUCUUCAACAUUACGUUCUCUGUAGUGGACUUUCAAUAGGGUUUCACCCUACGCGGUCUGAUUUCCAGUCUAACCUCGAGCUAUAAAUUGAAAGGAUUUGGGUUAGUCCGGAUUUAGUUACUAGUACGAAUAGCCUUCUAACACCAUCCCUGUGUUGGCAUCUCCUAUCAAAGCAAAUAGAGUAGUUUAUAUAAUAAAAGAAUGUUUUCUCUGUGAAUGGGAUUGACACUAUUCAGUAAGAAUGAAAGCAGCAUUCACUAUAUAGAUUACUUGUGUUUGACCUGACCUGCUCGUGUUUGAUUUAAACAUGAAAUGGAAAGCUUUCUAUACUCAACCAAGAUAACCUUCAUAUAAAAAUUAAUUACAUUAUUCCACUCCUUCCAGCAAUCCUCCCCCCGCAUCCUUAAAUCAAAUGACCAACGAGGUUACAUCCAACCCAUCAACCAGAAACUCAGCAAGGUUUUAGUAAGGAAGAGACAGUGUGAGAUAUUGAGGGGUCAUUCUGAAACAAUCAAAUUUAAUGGAUAAAAACAAAAAGACUUAAAAAGGGAGUGUGUUCUUUAAGGAUGAGUCUGCUUGAGUCACUGUGAAUAUAUUCUGUGUGGUGUAAAAGUACACAUGCUGGACAGUGAGCUGUAAUCCAGUGAAUGCCUUCAUCGAGAGAAGUGGGUGUUCCAACUGAGCAGGCACUCAACUAUUGCAUCAAACAUUUGUUUCUGUCAAACUCCUUUGGCUGCUGAAUUAAAGGAAAUAAACAGAUUAACCACUGUUAAAUUUGCAGCCAAGACGACUUUCACAUAAGCAAUUACUUUGUGCAAUAAUAUCUUACCAACGGUAUUUGUGCAAUAAUAUUACGCAGGCAGAUAUCCAACUAGUCCUCACACCUGUGCAUGCUUGAUCACGUAGUCGACUGGGUUCCAUCACACUGUCCCACGUAGCUCUCAUAACUCAACACUAAUGUUUACUUUUGUCUAAGGCACAAAUGUAUUAUAAUUUAAAUAUCUAAACACACUUAGCCCCCUCACUUCUCCAAACCGCAACAUUGACUGUACAGUUGUAUCAGAGCUGAUAUUUAGGCUUUUUGUAAAUUAAUAGUUGGCUGUGUUGCAAAUUGUCUCCAUAUUGUGGAAUUGAACACUUAUGUUGGACAAGGGGAGUCGGAACAUUUUUCUGAAACAUACCCUGCCACUGGCUUUGAAUCAUUUGCGUUCCAAUUUAAAAGUUCUGCAGAAAAAAAAUCAAAUUAAGUUUUGAAACUUUUUUUCUCUCGAAAGCCAUGAUCCAGGGCAGCAAAAGAUACUCAUCUUCAACGUUCCACUUUCCAAAAAGAAACUAAACAUAUUCCAGUCAGGAGGGUUAAUGUUUUUGGUAUCAAUCCUGAUUUCCAUCACACAUUGAAACACCCCAGCGGAUAAAAUACUUGGGAAAAGGUUCACAAAUUAAAUUUCUUUCAUUUUGAAAAUGUUUCUACAAUGUUUGGAGGAGUAAGACAUUCUCAAUUAAGCAAUUAACUGUUUUGAAGCAGUGUUGGAGGUGGAGGAGUGGGUCAGACAAGGGUAGGCAAGUGUCUUUAGUUAAAUUCAUUUCACAUGAUGUUAAGAUUCAAUAUCUUUGCUUUGUUGCAUCUGCUGAAGAUACUGUGCUCAAAUAAUUACAAUUUAUUUUCUUAUUUUGUUAAGCAAAAGGCUAUAGUUUCUGAUGUCAGUAUAUGAUAACAAUUAAAAAUAAACAAAAGUAAUUCA